AUGUCCACGGCCAUCGUGGCGAGGGCAACCAAGCUGAGCGCUACUCGCAGUCGCAGUUGUUGCCUGCCCAGCAUGCAGCUCUAACUCACCCCGUGCAGCAGACGCCGAGUCGUGGCAGGUAGCUAGGAAGGAGGGCAGGAGGGAAGGGCAGGCCAUGGCGCUGGAAGCGGUGGUGUUCCCGAAGGAGCACCUAGCGGGCACUGCCAAGGCGCGCUCGGCGUCGUCACUGGCCUGCGGCUUCCGCACCGAGGAGGUCGAGGACAACGGCGGUGUGGUUCUGCAAGGAGAGGCCAGCGAUGCGCCCGGUGCCGGCGCGGCCACCACGUGGGAGUGCUGGGACGCGGCGCUCUGCCCGUGCUCCACUCCACCUGCUGGUGCCGUGGAGGAGUGCUGGGACGACGUGCGGCACCGGCUCUCCGCGUCCCCUCCGCUGCCGCCGGCGCCCUCCGCCGCCGUCGCAGCGCCAUCGUCCGGGCACGGCAAGGCAGCUGCCGCGGCGCGGCGGAGACGGCGGCAACGCCCGAAGGCGGUGAAGAACACGGAGGAGGUGGAGAGCCAGCGGCGCAACCACAUUGCCGUGGAGCGCAACCGGCGGCGGCAGAUGAACGAGUACCUCUCCGUGCUCCGCUCCGCCUUGCCGCCCUCCUACCCGCAGCGGGUACGUACGCACGCACACGAUCUCCUCCAUGGCUGCCGCUCCCCGGCAGUAUCCUAGCCGCAAGAGCUUUGCAGGUCAUGUCACCAAUGCCAUGCAUGUGCACGAACGGCUUGGCAUUCCACCGUGCUGCUGAUUGCCGCUGCCGGCCCCGCCCAGCUUUUACUGUAACGGAUGUCAAAUCUUGCUGCCCCCCUCCCUCUGGCCCCUGGCCAUCCGCUGGAGCUGCCUCGCCGCGCUUUGGUGGCACAUGUCACGGAAUCUCUAGGGAUCGUGUGUACUGCACUGCAGGCAUCAUCAUCGUUCAUCAAAAGCCGCGCACCUUCUUGAGCGCCGAGCCCUUGGUCGCGACCGACCGAAUGGCAUGUUCCCUUUGCAACGGUGACCAGGCGUCGAUCGUGGCCGGUGCCAUCAACUUCGUCAAGGAGCUGGAGCACCUGCUGCAGUCGCUGGAGGCGCAGAAGCGGCGGCGCCAGGGGUGCACCGAGCCACCGGCGCCGGCGCCGUUCGCCGGCUUGUUCACGUUCCCUCAGUACUCCACCGCCGCGACGGGUGUCGUCGCUGGCUCUGGUGACGGUGCUGGCUCCGGCGGCGGCGCCUGCGCGGCGGGGGCGCGGCGGGGCGUGGCCGACAUCGAGGUGGCCGUGGCGGAGAGCCACGCGAGCGUGAAGGUGGUCACGCCGCGGCGGCCCAGGCAGCUGCUGAGGAUGGUGGUGGCGCUGCAGUGCCUCGGCCUCACCGUGCUCCACCUCAACGUGACCACCACCGCCGACCAGCUGGUCUUGUACUCUCUCAGCCUCAAGAUGGAGGACCAGUGCCGGCUGUCGUCGGUCGACGACAUCGCCGCCGCGGUGAACGACAUACUCGGCAAGAUCUCCGACGAGCGCGCCAGCCGUCACCUACUAGCCGCGUAGCGUAGCGGCAAGUCUGUUUUAGCAGGUGUCAUGUAUUGUUGUUGCAACACCACCAAUUCGAUCCUAAUAUUGGAAAACGCACUGGCAAGUCGCAAUUGGCGCCACUGUCACGCGGUGCUACCACGCGCUCCAUACGUCGUUUGCGUGCAAUUAAACAUGUAUCGGUUGGACCAGCUCAGUCUCUUGCAAUUAAACAUGUUUUAGUAGUACUGUAUUAUUCGUGUGUA